GACGCUACGUGGGCAUCUCGCGACGCAUGCUGUGCAUGCUACCACCGCUUUUCUAUUUCCGCUGAGAUUAGAAGGACUUUCUGUCGGCCGAAGCCCACACAACUUUCAGCGAGAAAUUCAAGUCCAUUCUAGCCCAACCGUGUCUCAAGCAGCUAGUGUUUCCAGGCGAGUUCUCCGCUACUCAACGACUCCGAGUGCCCGAAACUACGCGCUCAGCGACAACAUGGGACAGAAUGUGAGCACUCUGUUUCGUGCCAAUUUCAAUGCUGCCGGCUUCGGAUCCAGUCUAACCGCUGAUCAGGUUACCGAGGGGAUCGACUUAUCGCAGCAGACGGCCAUUGUAACUGGGGCUACAUCUGGUCUUGGAAAGGAAACAGCCAGAGUGUUGGCAAAGCGUGGAGCUCAUGUCAUUUUGGUUGGCCGCAAAAUGGACACUGCGGAGCAAGUCAAGAGUGUCAUCCUCCGAGAGACACCAAGUGCCCAAGUCGAUCUGAUGCCCUUGGACCUGUCCAACAUGGAGUCUGUUCGCAACUUUGUGAAAGAAUUUGAGGCAAAGAACAUAUCUCUCAAUAUCCUCGUAAACAAUGCGGGAGUUUUCAACAGGGAAUUCCUUUUUUCAGACAUGGGUAUUGAGCAGAUGUUCGCAACUCACGUUGUCGGUGUGUUCAUGCUCACGGAGCUGCUUCUGAAGAAGAUGAAGCAAUCGGCGAAGGAAUCGGGCAUUGAAGGUCGAGUAGUGAUCACAGGGUCUGAUGCGCAUCGUCUAACUUCUAUUUACAGUGACGGGAUCAACUUCGAAAGUUUGAAAAAACCUGGAGGCUAUGAUCCUCUCAAAGCAUACGCACAAUCCAAAGUUGGGGCAAUUCUUCUUGCAGAGGAAUUUGCGAGCCGGUUAACUGAGGAGAAGGCUAAUGUGACAGCGAAUGUUGCCCACCCUGGAACUGUGAGUAGUGAGCUCGGCAGAACUUUCAUUGACAAAGCCAUCCCUGGGCCGGAUGCAGUAACUGAUAUUGCGUACAAAGGAAUAAAACCAACCCUCAAAACCCCCGAAAUGGGAGCUGCUACAAUCUGCUAUAUUGCAACGCGACCUGAAGUUAAGGGAGUGUCCGGGAAGUAUUUUGCUAACUGUACCGAAAUUCAGCCGAACAAAGAUGCAAGCAAUCCCCAGCUCCGCCAUAAGCUAUGGGAAUACUGCGAAGCAAUCACAAGUGCAGGAGUUGGGAUGUAGAAUUUUUAAACACCAAGACUUUCUGAAUAGCAGUGAAAUUUCUCUCACAUGUACAUGUAUCCACCGCCUAAGAGUUGAGAAUAGUCCCCCUUGGCCUGGGGUUUAAGAGAUUCUCUGUUUGGAGAGAAUGGUUCAUUCUAACGUAUCAAUCAUAUCUAUCAAACUUUCGAUGUUAAGUGAAAU